GCUUGGUUUGGCCCCCCCACCCGAAAGAAAAUGGAAAUUGCGUGAAGAAUUGCUCUCACACACCGAGACGCACGCAGUGAGUGAGAGGGAAUUUGGAGUGUUGGGGAGAGAAAAAAGGGAAAAAUUAAAAAGAAAAAUUCCGGCAAGUGCGGAAAUCGCCGUCCAUCAGAUCGAUCUGGGCCCUUCAUUUCGCGCCAAAAAUCUCUGAUUUUUCGUUCCCCCCUCCCUUUUUUUUUGGUUCAGAGAAUGGAUUUUGAUGCGGUUUAGGAGACGUAUAUAUGCAUGGAGGCGUACCCCCAAAAUGUGGGACAUGUGUCGGGGAAGUGAAUUUUGGGAUUUGGGAUCAGAAUUUUGAGACGACGGGGUUUUGACUCUGGAACAACCUUUAAUUGUCAGAAGGUAUUAACGGGAAUUUAUUGAUUUUGUGUUUUUUGAAUUUUUCCGGGGGGCGGGGGGGAUCUACGGUGUUUGUUAAAAUCUCGAACUCGAUGAAUGUUGUGAGUUUUACUAGAGCUGAAUCGUUGUCGCCUUGAAAUGAAGUCGUUUUUUGGACUCUCUUACUGUCUUCCAUCGCAUGGGGUUUUUAUGGGAGUCUGUUGCACUCGUUCUUUUUGCUUCUAAGUGUUUGCUUAAAUCUUGAGCUUGGUCAAUUUCUUUGGGGGUCUUUCGAGGUUGAAAUUUUUCGCAGGCAUUCCGGUGCUGGGCCCCGCCGCCUUGGAACGAUUUGACUCUGUCGCCAGUUUCAAUUGUUGGAAGGGUGUAACAGGGAUUCUGCAAUUUUUUUUGCUUUUUGUUUCUUUUGAGGUGCGAUAUUAGUGUUUGUUGACAAAAGCCAGCUUGGUGUUUUUCGGGGGGAUUUUUGAAUUUUUUGCAUGCAAUCCGGUACUGGGCGUCAGCAAGGUGGAGGCGGGGGGCAUGGGCGGAGUACGGCUGGAUCCGCCUCUGCUUCACCAUCCUCCUCUUCCUCCGCUGUUUCAGCCUUUGAUCAGCAGCAGCAGCAACAGCAGCAACAACAAAGACUGUCUUUGCAGCAACAAUUUCUGAGGAGACCUGAAGGAAAUGAUGCCCUUCUAGCGUACCAAGCUGGCAAUGUUCAUGGACUCCUUGGAGGGGCUAAUUUUCCUGCAGCAUCUGGGUCCAUGCAGCUACCUCAACAACCCAGGAAGUUCAUCGAUCUGGGCCAACAGCAUGGUACUUCCAAGGUCCCAGAACAGAGUCACAGUAGGAGUCAAGGUGUUGAGCAACAAAUGUUGAAUCCUAUCCAACAGGCUUACUUACAAUAUGCAUUCCAGGCAGCCCAACAGAAAUCUGUACAAUCUCAGCAGCAGAUGAAACCAGGAAUGUUUGGUUCUCUUGGAAAAGAUCAAGAAAUGCGGAUGGGAAAUAUGCAGAUGCAAGAUCUCGUUUCCAUCCAAUCAGCAAAUUCUCAGGCAUCCUCCUCCAAGAAGUCAUCUGAGCAGGUUGCGCAGAGUGACAAACAGGCAGAUCACAGUCAGCGGCCUGCGCCCGACCAUAGAACUGAUCCAAAAUUGAAUCAUCCUACACUACUUGGCCAAGUAAUCCCAUCGGCACCUAUGUUGGGGCCACAAUCUCAGCAAAAUAUGAUGAACAUGACGAGCAAUCUGGCUGCACAGAUGCAGGCAAUGCAGGCUUUGGCGCUUGAGCGUAAUAUUGACCUGUCACAUCCCGCAAAUGCAAAUGUAAUGGCACAGCUUAUUCCUCUCAUGCAGACCAGAAUGGUUGCUCAGCAGAAGGCAAAUGAAAAUACUGCUGCUAUGCAGUCUGUAUCUUUUGCAAAACAGCAUGUUACCUCACCACAGAUUGGUAACGAAAGUAGUCCACAUGGUAACUCGUCAAGUGAUGUCUCAGGGCAAUCUGGUUCUUCUAAAGCUAGGCAGGCAGUUUCCCAUAGUAAUCUCGGUGUAACUUCAAGUGCAACUCUAGUUAACAACUCUGGCAACAAACCUGUGCAACAAUUGUCUAUGCACGGUAGAGACAACCACUUGCCCCCAAGGCUGCCUACUUUGCUCGGCCAUGGAAUACCUCCUGUGCAUCCAUCACAGUCAUCUGGGAAUGUGAGCCAAGGGGUUGAAAGCGUAGUAGCAAAAACUUCGGCCACUGUCCCAGAUGCUCCUCAGGUUCAAAAUGGCAGGCAAUGCAAUCGAUCUCCACAAUCUGUAACUCCAUCUAAUGAUGGGGAUGCAGGAAUUGCAUCAACAUCUCAGGGUGGAUCAGUUUCCCAGAUGCGACAAUCACAUGUUGGGUUUACCAAGCAGCAACUGCAUGUACUUAAGGCACAAAUACUAGCAUUUAGGCGCCUAAAGAAAGGUGAUGGAACUUUGCCACGUGAAUUGCUCCAAGCCAUUGCACCACCACCACUUGAUUUGCAGGCACAACAGGUAUCUCCACCCCCUGUAAGUGUUUGCAAGGAUAGAUCAGGUGGAGAAAAUGUUAAUGAGCAUGCAAGAAAUGUGGAAUCAACUGAGAAGGGGCCUCAGGUUGUAAAAUCACCAGCAGGAGUAAGUAAUUUAAAAGAAGAAGGUUCAGGGGAUAACAGGGCAGCUGCCUUAACAGUUAACGUGCAAAGCUCCACAACCACAGCAAGGGAGCCGAGAUUUUUGGCUCCUCCCGGGAAAGAAGAGCAGCAGAGCCUUGGUAGUUCUGGGAAGUCUGAACAGGAUCCUGAGCCAGGCAACCAGAAAACUCCUGUCAGGGGUGAUGUUGCCGCCGACAGGGGUAAAGCAAUUGCCACACAGUCAAAUGUUUCAGAUUCAAUUCAAGUCAAGAAACCUAUUCAAGCGAGUAACACAACCCAGCCUAAGGAUGGUGGUUCGACUAGAAAGUAUCAUGGGCCUUUAUUUGAUUUCCCUGUCUUCACCAGGAAACACGAGACUCUUGGAUCCUCUAUGAUGAACAAUAAUAAUAAUUUGACCCUAGCAUAUGAUAUUAAAGACCUUUUUGCUGAUGAAGGUGGAGAGAUCCGUAAAAGGAAAAGAGCAGAGAAAAUAGAGAAGAUUGAUAAAAUACUUGCUGUAAACUUAGAGAGAAAGAGAAUUAGACCAGAUCUUGUCAUACGGCUACAAAUUGAAUCAAAAAAGCUUCAGCUUGCAGAGUGUCAGGCACGCUUAAGGGAUGAGAUUGAACAACAACAGCAAGAAAUAAUGGCUAUGCCUGAUAGACCAUAUCGGAAAUUUGUUCGACUGUGUGAGCGUCAACGUCAAGAGCUUAACAGGCAAUCACAGGCCAAUCAGAAGGCAAUUAGGGAGAAGCAACUGAAAUCCAUAUUCCAGUGGCGCAAGAAGCUUCUUGAGGCUCAUUGGGGCAUCCGUGAUGCUCGAACUGCCCGCAAUAGAGGAGUCCACAAAUAUCAUGAAAGGAUGCUGAGGGAGUUCUCCAAGAGAAAGGAUGAUGACCGCAAUAAAAGGAUGGAAGCUUUGAAAAAUAAUGAUGUAGAAAGAUAUAGGGAGAUGUUGCUGGAACAACAAACUAACAUACCUGGGGAAGCUGCAGAAAGAUAUGCUGUUCUGUCAUCGUUUUUAACACAAACUGAAGAGUAUCUUCACAAGCUUGGAAGUAAAAUAACAGCUGCUAAAAAUCAGCAGGAGGUCGAGGAAGCAGCUAAUGCUGCUGCAGCUGCCGCACGUGCACAGGGUCUUUCUGAAGAAGAAGUAAGAGCUGCUGCUGCCUGUGCCAGAGAAGAAGUGAUGAUAAGGAAUCGCUUUUCUGAGAUGAAUGCACCAAGAGAUAGUUCAUCAGUUAACAAGUAUUACAAUCUUGCACAUGCUGUCAAUGAAAAGGUCAUUAGGCAGCCCUCAAUGUUACGAGCUGGAACGCUACGCGAUUAUCAGCUGGUGGGUCUGCAAUGGAUGUUAUCUUUAUACAACAACAAAUUAAAUGGAAUUUUGGCUGAUGAGAUGGGUCUUGGAAAGACUGUGCAGGUCAUGGCCUUGAUUGCGUAUUUGAUGGAGUUCAAAGGGAACUAUGGUCCGCAUCUUAUUAUUGUUCCUAAUGCUGUUCUCGUGAACUGGAAGAGUGAAUUGCACAAUUGGCUUCCAACUGUUUCCUGCAUAUAUUACGUUGGUGGGAAGGACCAAAGAUCGAAAUUGUUUUCUCAAGAAGUGUUAGCCUUGAAGUUUAAUGUCCUCGUGACCACCUAUGAGUUCGUUAUGUAUGAUCGUUCAAAACUUUCAAAAAUUGAUUGGAAAUAUAUUAUAAUUGAUGAAGCACAACGGAUGAAGGACAGAGAGUCUGUAUUAGCUCGUGAUCUUGAUAGAUAUCGCUGCCAAAGGCGCUUGCUUCUCACAGGGACGCCAUUGCAGAACGAUCUUAAAGAACUUUGGUCUCUUCUGAACCUUCUGCUCCCAGAAGUCUUUGAUAAUCGAAAAGCAUUCCAUGAUUGGUUCUCUCAACCAUUCCAAAAAGAAGGCCCCACGCACAAUGCUGAGGAUGACUGGCUCGAGACUGAGAAGAAGGUGAUAAUUAUCCAUAGACUUCAUCAAAUUUUAGAGCCUUUUAUGCUCAGGCGUCGUGUUGAAGAUGUGGAAGGAUCACUUCCUCCAAAGGUUUCAAUUGUUAUGAAAUGCAGAAUGUCUGCAAUACAGAGUGCCAUUUAUGAUUGGAUAAAAUCCACUGGCACUCUUAGGGUUGAUCCUGAGGAUGAAAGGCGCAAGGUUCAAAAGAAUCCAAUUUAUCAGGCUAAAACUUACAAAACUUUAAACAAUAGAUGCAUGGAGCUAAGAAAAGCCUGCAAUCAUCCUUUGCUAAAUUACCCAUAUUUCAGUGACUUUUCGAAGGAUUUUCUUGUGAGAUCAUGCGGAAAAUUGUGGGUUCUGGACAGGAUUUUGAUUAAGCUUCAGAGAACUGGACAUAGGGUGCUGCUCUUUAGUACCAUGACUAAGCUUCUUGACAUAAUGGAAGAAUAUUUACAGUGGCGAAGGCUUGUAUUCAGAAGAAUCGAUGGGAUGACUAGUUUGGAAGACCGUGAAAGUGCUAUCGUGGAAUUUAACCGUCCAGAUACUGAUUGCUUUAUUUUCUUGCUCAGCAUUCGUGCUGCAGGACGGGGUCUGAAUCUUCAGUCUGCUGACACAGUCAUCAUAUAUGAUCCAGAUCCAAAUCCAAAAAAUGAGGAACAGGCUGUGGCUCGAGCCCAUCGUAUUGGGCAGACUAGGGAGGUGAAAGUCAUUUAUAUGGAAGCUGUGGUAGACAAAAUAUCCAGUCAUCAGAAAGAAGAUGAAUUCAGGAACGGAGGAACAGUUGAUUCAGAUGACGACCUUGCUGGCAAGGACCGAUACAUGGGUUCAAUUGAAAGUUUGAUUCGAAAUAAUAUCCAACAGUAUAAGAUUGACAUGGCUGAUGAAGUUAUUAAUGCUGGGCGGUUUGAUCAGAGGACCACACAUGAAGAGAGGCGGCUGACUUUGGAAACCCUGUUGCAUGAUGAAGAAAGAUACCAAGAAACAGUUCAUGAUGUUCCAUCGCUUCAUGAGGUGAACCGCAUGAUUGCCAGGAGCGAGGAAGAAGUAGAGCUCUUUGAUCAGAUGGAUGAAGAACUUGACUGGGCAGAGGACAUGACUCGUUACGAUCAGGUUCCUGAUUGGCUUCGUGCUAGUACAAAAGAAGUAAAUGCCACCAUUGCAAAUUUAUCAAAGAAGCCAUCAAAGAAUGCUUUAUAUGGAGGAGCUAUUGGCAUGGAUUCCACUGAAGUAGCCUCUGAAACCGAGAGAAAAAGGGGGAGACCCAGGGGAAAAAUUCCCAUUUAUACUGAAUUGGAUGAAGAAAAUGGAGAAUUUUCAGAAGCCAGUUCCGAGGAUAGGAAUGGAUAUUCCAUUCAGGAAGAAGAAGGAGAAAUCGGGGAGUUUGAAGAUGAUGAGUCCACUGAGGCGCCUCGAGUUAAUAAAGAUCAAUCGGAAGAAGAUGGUCCUGUUUCUGCUGAUGGAUACGAGUACCAAAGAGCUUUGGACAGCGUCAGAAACAAUAAUAUAAUUGAAGAAGCGGGUUCAUCUGGAUCAUCUUCACACAAUAGAAAAUUAAUGCGAAUGGUAUCUCCAUCUGUAUCUUCUCAAAAGUUUGGAUCACUUUCUGCUUUGGAUAGUAGGUCCAACUCCCGAUCAAAGAAGUUGGCAGACGAGUUAGAAGAAGGAGAAAUUGCUGUCUCGGGGGAUUCUCCAAUGGACCAACAGCAAUCUGGUAGCUGGAUCCAAGAGCGUGAAGAAGGUGAAGACGAACAGGUGUUGCAGCCUAAGGUAAAACGGAAGAGGAGUAUACGACUUCGCCCCCGUCAUACUACGGAGAGGUCAGAGGAGAAGCACAGUGACAAGUCAUCUCUUCGCCGAGCUGAUCCUUCUCAGUUGCCGUUCCAGGUGGACCAUAAAUACAAGUCUCAAGCAAGGGAAGACCGUGCACAUAAGGUCCUUGGAGAUACUGUUUCACUGAAAUCUGACAAAAAUAAUUCAUCGGUCAAGGACAAACGAACUUUAGUCUCAAGGAAACAAGCAGCUAAUGUACAGGGGUCCCUUAAAUCUGGGAGAGUAACUUAUGGCUCUGCUCCUGCAGAUGAUGCUACUGAAAAUCUAAACUUGGACAGUAAAGUUGUGAAAGGGCCUAAAAGUACUGGCAAUAUAAUGUCUGAGGUCAUCCAGAGAAAGUGCAAAAAUGUUAUAAAUAAGCUCCAGAGAAGAAUAGACAAUGAAGGUCAUCAAAUAGUACCACUGCUAACUGAACUGUGGAGAAGAAUUGAAAACUCCAGUGGGAUUGGUGGGGCAGGAGAUAACAUUUUGGAUUUAAGAAAGAUCCAAAUCCGUGUUGACAAGUUCGAGUACAGCGGAGUCAUGGAGCUUGUAUCUGAUGUACAGCUUAUGUUGAAGUGUGGCAUGCAGUAUCAUGGGUUCUCAUAUGAGGUGAGAUCGGAGGCAAGGAAAGUCCAUGAUCUCUUCUUUGAUAUAUUGAACGUAGCAUUUUCAGACACUGAUUUUCGAGAGGCCAGAAAUUCCAUGUCUUUCUCUGCUUCUGUUGCUACACCAGCCACUGGUCCAUCUUCAAGACAGGCGCCUGCUGGUCCAAGCAAGCGCCAAAAAUCGGUAAAAGAUGUGGAUUCUGACAAUAGUCCUUUCCAGAAGCCGCAGAGUCGAGCUCCCUUUCAUACUGUUGAAAGCACUAAGGUCCGGAGCUAUGUCCCUCACAAAGAAUCGAAGCUUGGAAGUAGCAGUAGCCGGGAGCUUAGCCAACCAGAUGAUGCACGUCUGUUUACUCAUCCUGGGGACCUUGUUAUCUGCAAAAAGAAGAGGAAAGAUAGGGAAAAGUCGGCUGCAAAGUCUGGGAGUGGAUCUGCGGGUCCUCUCUCCCCUACUGGCCUAGGUCGUAGUAUCAAAAGCCCAGGCUCGAUUUCGGGUGCCAAGGAUACAGGAUCAAGCCAACAAAGUUCCACACAAGGGUGGGCUGCUCUGUCUCCUCAGCAAGGGAACAACAGUGGUGGCUCUGUUGGAUGGGCGAAUCCUGUAAAGAGGAUGAGAACUGAUGCUGGAAGGAGGCGUCCUAGCCAUUUGUGACAUUGAGAAUUGCAUUAUGUAAUUGUUUGAAUGCCGAAAAUCCGCUUAUUGAUUGAGAACGUGAAUGUCCUGAAGUCUGAUACUCCUGUUAUUUGCUCUCGCCAUUAUGGCAGCCAAUAGCUCAAGUCAGUUGUUUGUAUAUUUAUCUAUUUUUCGCUUGGUCAUAUAUCUCUAAUUGCCAACCUCAGAUCA